GGUUUGACCAAACCGCCUUUUACGAGAACCAAGCAAAAGCCAGAGGCGGCGUUUUUCUCUUUUUCUUUUUUUUUAAGGAGAGAGAGAGAGAACAGAAGAGAAGAGAAGGUGAGAAGAUUUGAUUUCUCUUAUUCAUAUUCUCUUAAUUUACAGGAAGAGAGAUCUUAGGGUUUUUGAGGGUAUCUUCCGAGGUUUUACUGAAAGAUUUCUAACAUGGAUUCAAUGGUUACUCAAACUACUGUUUUGGCUGUGACGGAUGAUGUGGUGUUGCCUGUUAGCUCUGUUCUAACUUUAAUGAAAGAGCUCGGAAAAGAAGGGAUUGAUCCUCUCAUUGUUACUCAAGCAUCCACAACAACUCUUCCUUUGGAUUCUUCCUCAAUGGACGCGGUUUUAGCCAUUUUGAAAACAUCUGACUUUCUCAAUGAUAAAAUGUAUGGUGAGUUCUCAAGAAUUUUGAAGCCUGGUGGUAUGGUUUUUGUGUGCACGAAUUUGGAGGGUGAAACUGGCGAAUUGCAACAGACACUUCAGAGGAGAGUGACGUUGGCUGGUUUUCUGGAGCCACAAUCUCUUGAUUUGAAAUCAAUUAAGUUGAGCUUAUCCUUUGGGAUUAAGGCAAAGAAACCUUCUUGGAAGAUUGGUUCAUCAUUUGCUCUCAAAAAGCCUGCAAAAGCUCUCUUGAAGGUUAAUCUAGACGAUGACUUGGAUCUUAUAGAUGAAGAUUCUCUUUUGACGGAGGAGGACUUGAAGAAGCCACAGCUUCCUGUUGUCAGUGGUUGUGAGACCACCCCCAAAGCUUGCAAGAACUGCGUCUGUGGUAGAGCUGAGAUAGAGGAGAAAGCUGUGAAGCUGGGCCUCACCGAGGAUCAGAUUGAGAACCCACAAUCAUCAUGUGGCAGCUGUGGGCUUGGUGAUGCCUUCCGCUGCGGUACAUGCCCUUACAAGGGUCUCCCACCCUUCAAACUAGGGGAGAAGGUAUCCCUAUCUCAAAACUUCCUGGAAGCUGACAUAUGAGCCUGUGAAAGGUGCAUCUUCAUGCGUGCUUGUUUCUCACUGAGGCCGAAACCUUUUGCUAAUCACAGAGUAGUUUCAGCAUUUACUUUGUGUCCUUUAGUAUAUUUUGUUUGUUGGUACUUCUUUUAUUACCUGGCUUGUUAGUCAGAAACAUUAACAAUGUUACUCUACAAACAACAAUAUAAUAAACGUUAAAGGAACACUGCCUUUUAGAAUGAACAAACAA